CCGUGCGCGGGCACCUGGGAGACGGAAAUCCAACCCAUGUGCUCCAUGAUUCAUCAGUGACUUUUGCCUCAAAUCGACCUUAAAAAGAACCUUUCUAGAGAGGCUUCAUCACACUACCAUACACGCGACAUUGACAGUAAAUUCAUAAUCUAGUAAUGGUACUGAAGUUACUAACCCAAUUACUAGUUUCCAUUUCUAUCUCUUUCAAUUUUUCUUCCUCUAACCCAUAUCAUAUCAAAAUGGCCCCUUUGCCCCAAGCAGAUCCCCGAAUUUUCUGUGACAUUCUUUUCGUUGACUCUAUGGGAGGCAGUUUCCCAGCGCUUGCGCAGCCAUUUAGAAUAGCUAUAAGUAUCUGCAAGUACCCAGAUAGCAUGGGCUACCAUUUUUCUCCCCAAGGAAUAAGGGGCCCUGUUUUCUCGAGGGUUUCAGUCUUGCGGAUUAGGAUACUUACGAGGAAAUACUGUCGUAUCCUAAUAGAAGCUGUUCGGUUGCCGUGUAGCAACCAAAGUGCAUCAGGAGGAGAGACAUGUGGAUGGUAUAUCUUUGAGGGCGUAGUCACCUUCUGCAUUGAGAAUUUCCCGCACUAGCAGAGUCGCGACCUAGACAGACUGUUGUCGUUGGUGCCGUG